GCGGAGCGGUGAGUGACAAGAGUUGCGGGCAGGGCAGAUCAGAAAGUGCGUUUGUGACCGCGCUCCUCCCCCCUCCCCCCCACACACACACACACACACACACACACACACACACACACACACACACACACACACAUACACACCCCCCUUUUGCUCGCUCACUCCUCUCCGGACCGACAGAGAGAGAGAGAGAGAGAGAGAGAGAGAGUGACUGGCGUACGAGACUGGCGACUCGCUCCGACACCGGUCGGCUGGCCGCGGGUGACCCGAGGAUCCCACUUCGACGAGACAGACUCGGGCUCCGCCGGCAGGAAAAGGUGGAACUAAAACUUACAUUCAUUGACUUGAGAGCGAUGCACUGGCAGCAUGGCCAAGUGGUUCAAGGAGCACCUAGGAUUCAAAACUACCAAAGCACCCCCUCCGGCGCCUCCGAAGCCGGACUACAGACACUGUCACACCGGUGCGCCCGGUGCGCCUGGAUACCAGCACGCCGGCUCCGGAGCCGCCUUCCCCAGCCCCGCUCAGCCGGACAUCCUCGCUGCUUACAAACUGCAGAAGGAGCUGGACUUCGAGGACCCGUACACUCCAGGUGGAAACAUUUCAUUCGGCUCGGGCUUGAACAGCGGGGGGUCUCCGGAUAUCAAGUACGUGUCGCCCAAACACCGACUUAUCAAGGUGGAAACGGUGGAGAAGAGCAGCCCGGCUCCGGGCGGCGGAGUCACGGUCACCCAGGCUGUUGCUGUCGGGAGUGUUAAAUCUCCAACUUCACCUCCGUCGGACCACGACAGCAAGGAGAAGCCCAUUUUCCUUGAAGACUACGCGGACCCUUUCGACGCUGAGCAGGCCGGUGGAACUCAGACCAGUACGGAAAAGGUGACGACGGAGAACGAUGGCUACAUGGAGCCUUAUGAGGCCCAGAAGAUGAUGGCAGAAAUACGAUCCGGCGGGCGAGGACCUAAGGACGGGCCGGCGAGACAGCCGCCCCUGUACGACACGCCGUAUGAGCCGGCCGAGAACGGCGGAGACUCUGACCCCGAGCACUCGCGCUGCCCCAGAGAAAGCCGGCUGCCACAGGAUGACGAGCGACCCCCCGAGGAGUACGACCAGCCCUGGGAGUGGAAGAAAGAGAGGAUUUCCAAAGCAUUUGCAGCUCUGCUUUGUUAUGACUGCAUUAGCUACGAGGGUUCUGUAAGUGGCACUGGAUCAGGUCCCCCCGGAGGAAAGGACUGCACCUCUAAAUCCCUCACAGUCCAGUUUGAUGUUGUGGAGAAGUCUCGAAUGUCGCCCACCAAGGAGGGGAAAACACGCCCGCUGCAGCGACACUCCAGCAGCUGUCUGGUCAACACCAAAAUGUCUUCACUGGACCACUGCAGCUCCUCCCUCGGGGAGCGUAUUGACCCCACCAUGCCCCUGGAGAGCCAGUUCUGGUACCAUGGAGCGAUCAGCCGAACAGAUGCAGAGUCUCUGCUCCGGCUGUGUAAGGAGGCCAGCUACCUGGUGAGAAACAGCGAGACCAGCAAGAACGACUACUCCCUCUCACUGAAGAGCAGCCAGGGCUUCAUGCACAUGAAGCUGUCGCGGACGAAGGAGAACAAGUACAUCCUGGGCCAGAACAGCUGCCCUUUCGACAGCGUGCCUGAGAUCAUCCAUUUCUACUCCAGCCGGAAAUUGCCCAUCAAGGGUGCCGAACACAUGUCCCUGCUUUACCCUGUGGCCAUCAGGACACUAUAGUGCUCUGGGUUCACCUGCAGGCGUUGUUCCCUGCGGUACCCACUGGGCCACCCUGUGGCUCCACGCUUCCUGUCCCUCUGGACAGAACCCAGUAGGCUCAUGGGAAAGAUGAACAGCGGCAUUCCCCAAAACUGCUGAUCCUGACUCACCUCACUGGCCGACGGAUUCCCGACCUGUUCUGAAGGCCUACUGCAAACUAUCUUACACAUACAGACUUCAUUUUGCAGAAUUAUUUUAUUAUUUUAUUCUAUUUUAUUUAUGACAGACACCCACUUCAUUGCAUCACAGACUGACUAUCUGAAGAACAUCAUUUCAUUGAUUCCUGAGCUGACUUCCCUUAGCACUUAACACUCAAAGAAGUAAACAGGUACAACAUUGUAACAUUUGUCACUGUAGUGUACCUUUUAUCUUAAAAAGUUGGACCUUUUUCCUAAGAGUGCACAUCGGGAGAAUUGUAUGAACAAGUUAGUUUGACUCUGCCCAUGUGGUUAGGCUCUGUUGAUACUGUAAUUGUUUGAAAGGGGGAUUUAAAGAUUGUAAGCGGCAUGUUAGGGAAGCGACAUUUAUGAGGCAUGUUGAGGGAUAUUGUCCACAUGGGCCCCAUACCGUGGUCAGGAAAUUGAAUAAAAUGGCCUUCUAUGAAUGGUGAGUCCCCAGCUGCGUGGAAAUAGCAGGUCUGUGAGCACUGCAGACUGAUCUCUCUAUCUAGUCAUAGUGCAUGCUGUCUGCUAUCCAUCACUGCGUGGGUGUAUCACACCAAUGACACCAGUGUAAGUAGCAUAGAGGUGAGACAGGCAGAUGAUCAUGAUGGAUGGGUCAACCCAUCUAACGCAGUACAAUUGGCUGAGGCCGGAGACCAGAGCCUGUCCAAAUGGACCAAAUUGGCCCCGCUCCCCCUCCUUAGAAUGGCUUUGCAUCGGGAGAAUGAAAUAUGCCUGCAUUGUCUACCUCAGAAAAUCAAUUUCAUUCGCCCAUCUGCAGAUCAAUAGGUACAAUGGGAUUGCAGACAUCGAUCUGCUCUCCCUUCGACAUUCCCGAUCCCCUUAAAAAUUGCAUCAUACGUUUUUUGAGUACAGAUUAACCACGUUUUUUUUUUUUUUUUUAUAUAAAACAAGCAGAUUUUCCAGAUCAGCAAUUGUAUGUAUAGUCGCUAAUAUGAUACUGUGUGAUGUCAGUAACAAAUGUUUGGUUAAUGCCUUAUAAUGCAUGGGUCAAAUCAGUCCGCUAGAUCAGCUGAUUUCCAGUUCUGCUUUUUGACGAUUGUUCUGUGACUGUAAUUUAUUCUGGGGUAAAUAUCACUGAUGUGUUACUCCUUUUGUGAUGGCCCCG